CAUACUCCCAAAAACCAAAUCUCCGCUUACACGAGAGUAGGGUUUGAUACCAAGGAAUUGGAUAGGAAGGGAUCGGCGUCCGACCUUUGUCGGAUGCACUAGCUAGUUUUUGAGUGGUGCAUUUUGCAGGUACGAGACAACGGCACCGAAAGCGAGGGUCCUGGAAGAAAAUGAGGGGGGAUCCUUCUCGUGGAGGAUUCUUGUUGGAUUAUUCCUGUACCGGCCAAUGGUAGGGGCAGGAAAAAGCAAGCGGUCACCGUAUUUCGGGAUGCUACUGCUCGGUCUCGUAUUCCCAAGGAAAUCGAAAACAGCGGGAGCUCGGUUAGUUGGAGAAGCUUGUCGGGACGUCAAGGAGUCGGCAAGGCUGUUCGAGUGGGGGACAUACUCUUCUGAAGCCUUCAAAGGGUAUGCUGUUAGUAAAAGAGGAGGCGCAAUUCGCCUGUGCUGCUGUCUUGAUAUCCCUGACCGCCAGGGCUUCGAUGCUGCAGGGGAGACGCUAGCAAAAGUUAAUUCCAAACACGAAGCCAACGGCGACAGCGAAAGAAAAGCAAAGAAACAAAAGUUGCGGAGGCUCUCACAAGUUGCGGGGAAGGAAACUGCAGGACGCUGGUGACCCGCAGGGCUCCUAACCAAUUGCAAUGCCGCCCGCAGCUGGAGUGCUCAAUUGGAUUUGAUAUCUGGCGCCACUGCUAGGAUGGUUUGACUCGCGACGAUAGGCGAAGGUCCGCGGCGGCAUGAUGAGCAGGA